AUGUCUACCGACGCGCCCCUUCCCUUCAUAUAUCAAUUCGCCGCCGGCGCCGUGGCAGGUGUUUCGGAAAUUCUGGUCAUGUAUCCGCUCGAUGUGGUCAAGACGAGAGUGUGAGGACACACGCCAACACAACCAUUCUCCGAAGGAUGUACAAUAACGCUUGGAAUAUAGUCAGAUCCAAGGCCGCGUCCCCGUCCCGGGACAGGAUCACUACACGGGCAUGCUGGACUGCUUCAAGAAGAUCGUGGCCAACGAAGGGUAAGACUAUGCAACAGCAGUACCAGCGAGGGCAGCAGCUGCGGCGGCGGUGGAACCGGGCAUUGGGCGAUUUGGAGCAGAGCUGAUGUUCAUAGCGCUUCACGUCUCUACCGUGGUAUCGGCGCCCCCAUUCUCAUGGAAGCACCGAAGCGUGCGACCAAGUUCGCAGCCAACGAUGAAUGGGGCAAGGUCUACAGGAAUCUUUUCGGAGUUGCCAAGAUGAACCAGUCCCUGUCCAUUCUCACUGGAGCUUCAGCAGGUGCGACUGAGUCUUUCGUCGUCGUGCCCUUCGAGUUGGUCAAGAUUCGACUACAAGGUGAGCUAUGCUAUGCUUGUUCAUAUUCCGACGUCUACUGACCCAAGGAUAGACAGGGCUCAAGCGGCCAAGUACAACGGCAUGCUCGACUGCGUGACCAAGAUCGUUCGACAAGAGGGUAUCUGGACUCUCUACCAAGGCCUUGAGUCCACCAUGUGGCGCCACGUCCUCUGGAAUAGCGGUUACUUUGGUUGCAUCUUUCAAGUCCGCGCCUUGCUACCAGCCAACCCGACCAAGGACAAGUCGAUUCAAAUGCGCAACGACAUUAUCUCUGGCACGGUCGGAGGAACAGUAGGAACGGUCCUCAACACUCCGAUGGAUGUCGUCAAGAGCAGAAUACAGAACAGCCCUAAGGUUCCAGGCGGCGUGCCGAAGUACGGCUGGGCGUGGCCGGCGCUAGGCCUUGUCAUGAAAGAGGAAGGUUUCGGAGCGCUCUACAAGGGCUUCUUGCCAAAGGUGCUGAGGUUGGGUCCUGGCGGUGGUAUUCUCCUGGUGAGUGAAAUCUCGGAAUCAAAUGUCCUACCAGGCCAGAAAACUUGCUAACCGUUGCUUUGUAACUCAGGUCGUCUUCACCGGAGUCAUGGACUUCUUCCGCAAAAUGCGUGGAGAGGCCCAGUAA